CUGCAGACUCAGGGCAGUUGGGACAUGGCACACAGCUCUUCUUGUUGCAAAGUAAGGCGUGUUCAAUAAAUCUUUUACCCAGGACACUGCAAACAAUUGGUUCCAAAGUUCAAGGGUAAGAACAACCAGGAGCGCAGAGCAGAGUGGGGGACCAGAAGAGGACGAGUAGAAGAAGUGUCAAGUGACUCAUUUGGGAAAAUAUAGAGAAAUCAGUCACUGGUGCCGACAGGGAUAAACCCGAACGAGACAAAACAUGGCAGAGAGCACGAGUCCAAAAGGCAACUCUGGAGACUUUGCCAAAAAAGUCCAACGACAGCUGAGCAGAAGCAAAGAAAAGGUACUGCAAAGGCUGGGAAAGACUGUGGAGACCAGAGACAACCAAUUUGAACUUUGUCACCACCAGUUUAAUGACCAGCAGGUUGAUGGGAACCGGAUCUACAAGGACCUGAGGAACUACAUCAAUGCGGUCAGAGACAUGCGCGAAGCAUCCAGGCGCCUCUCCCAGUCUCUGUUCGAUGUUUAUGAAAACGACUGGGCUGGAGAGGAAGACUUGGGAGCUAUUGUGGAGGGGGAGGAUCUCCUGUGGAAUGACUACGAGGUGAAGCUAUUAGACCAGGCCGUGCGCACCAUGGAGUCCUAUGUGAGCCAAUUCCCAGAUGUCAGGGAGAAAGUGGCCAAGAGGGGAAGAAAACUGGUGGACUACGACUCUUCCCGCCACCACCUGGAGGCACUGCAGACUGCGAAGAGGAGGGACGAUGUCAAGAUAAACAAGGCAGAGGAGGAGAUGAAUUAUGCCAAAAGCGUCUAUGAAGGCAUCAACAAUGAGCUAAAAGAAGAGCUGCCUGUGCUCCAUGACAGCCGCAUCGGAUGCUACGUGGCUGUCUUCUCAGCCUUGUCAAAUCUACGAGACAUCUUCUACAAGGAAAUGCGCACCCUCAAUCUUGAUCUACAGAAUGUGACAAAGGAGCUGCAGGCUCAGCAUCCAGACAAAGUCUUUGCUGUGAAGGGGAUCCAGCGAUAUGGCUCCCUGAGGAGACGAACUCUGAUGUCCCACAAGGCCUGGAAAGCCAGCUUUUCUGAGUUUCACAAGAGCUACAGUCCCAAAACUGGCCAGAGGUUUAGUUUCAGGUCCCCAGACAAACCUUCCCGCAGCACCCUGUCCAGAGACAGCAGCUACCUCUCAGUCUCCCCGCAAUCGCCAACGCUGGAGAGCCCCACCUGCGAGUCCAGAGACCUGGACACUGAACUGAGCGACGGUGAGGCCUACAGCUCGCCUGCCCAGGAAGACGGUGCAUCGGAGAUGGGCGGAAAUGAGCUGAAGUCUGGAGAAGACAGUAAUCAGGUGGAAGAGGAGAAGGGUGGGAAAGAAGAGGAGACUACACCAAAGCCUCCUGCGGAAUCUGAUGAUAAGGGGGACGCUGAGAAAGCUCCAGAAAGUGAGAGCAGCUCUGAACUGAAUAACUCCUGUGAUUCAGAGAGCCUGGAGCUCCAGCUGUCUGCUGCAGACAAUGGGCCGCUGCACAUUGAAGAAAGAGAAGACAGCCCAGUAACCCUCGACACUCCUAAAUCAAAUGGACUGGAGAACGGUGAAGUCUCGGAGGUUGACACAAAGGACCUGGGCGUUCCUCACAAGGAUGCUCCUGCAGAGAAACAAACAUCCCUGGACUCCAAAAGCACAAUGGUGUGAAGUUUUCACACUUUGAUGCAAGAAUAUAAUAGCGCAGAAGACAUUGACGCCAACAGCUGCACAAGAGAAAAAAUGUGGAGACAGUCGCACUGACAUGUCCAACAAUUGUCAUGAAUCAUGUUCUGAGCAUUGACUUGUUGCUGUUAGUUUUAUUAUUUAUCUUUUAUUGAAAUCAAUUGUAAAUAUAUAUUAAAGUAGUAAAGUAUAUAGUCUCUUUGGGUUAAACUUUUCAUACUUUUGGAAACCCCUGGUUUCAUCUUAAUUAUCCUUUCAAAAGUAUUGCAUCAUAUCCUGUACCAAACAAGUACAUUUCUUUUAAUUUCAUGUGUGUAGUGUUGCAGACAUAAAUGCACUAUUAGGUUUACAUUGUUAGAAAACUGUCCAACUGACUACAACAUGGUCAAUGUACAAAGAUGUACCGUGCUGUGGUCUCAGUUUCAUGAGGAACGGAGCUAAACUCCGUGCUCAUGUUGCCUUUGACCUAAAGACUGGAACUAAAUAGAAGUUUCAGUGAUUUUCUUGUAUUUACUUUUUACUUUUUUGAAUUUCAUUUUAUUUUUUAUCCAGUUUUCAUGGCAGGGAUUCAUUUUUUUUAUUCAAAAUUUUAUUGCGGAAUUAAAUGUUUGAUCCUUUCUGCUCACAAAAUGGGAAUCUAUUAAUUAGGUGUACACUUUGAAGAUAAAUCACCAUCAAUUAUCAUUUUUUGUAAUCCCAUUUAUUUCUCAGUUGUUUAUUUAAUUUUAAUUAGACGAUGAAUAUGCACAUCUAAAGCUAUGGUCUACAGUAGAGGAAUUACUGUGAAAUAUGUACGCAAAAAAUAAUAAAA